ACAGGCGUUCUUCAUCAUGCGUCUCUCGUUCAGCUUUUUCUUGGCCGUCGCGGCGACCACCCAGGCUUUUGUCCCUGGUCCCGUCCGCCUCCCUUCAAGAGGCGCGUCUCUUAUGGCCCCAGAAGUCGGGCGUACAGCUGGCUGGAGCCGCCUCAUGGCCAUGAAAGAUGUCGGUGUAGGGAUAAUCGGUGCCGGUCGCAUUGGCAUCGUGCACUUGGAAGCUCUAGCUGGCUGCCCCAGCGCCAUCCCGGUUAUCAUCUCCAACCCCACUGUGGCGAAGGCUCAAGAGGCGGCCGUCAAAUUCAAUGCCAGGGAGUUCACAGAUGACGCAAUGAAGGUGAUCCAGCACCCAGACGUAGAUGCUGUGUGGAUCUGCUCUCCUUCUCAAUAUCAUGCCGACCAGAUCAAGGCCUGUGCAGCGGCCGGCAAGCAUGUUUUCUGCGAGAAGCCCAUUGCGACGGGCCUUGCUGAGACGAUCGAGGCCAUCAAUACCUGCCGCGAGGCGGGCGUCAAGCUCAUGACAGCCCUUCAGCGCCGCUUCGACCCGAAUUUCGCCCGAGUCAAGCGAGCCAUUCUCGAAGGAGAAGUCGGUAACGUGGUCAGCGUGAAGCUCACGUCCCGCGACCCCUCUCCCCCGCCCUUCGAGUACGUCCGAGGCGGGGGUGGCAUCUUCAAGGACAUGGCGGUGCACGACCUUGACAUGUCUCGCUUCCUGAUGGGCACCGAGCCCGAGUCCAUCCUGGCGCUCGGCUCCUGCCACAUCGACGAACGGAUCGGCUCCCUCCCCGGCGCCGAAGCCUUCGACACGGCUGUGGUCAUCGUCAAGUACCCGGGCGGCAAGACCGCCACCAUUGACGUGUGUCGCCAGGCCCCGUACGGCUAUGACCAGCGGGCGGAGGUUUUGGGCCUGAAGGGCAUGAUUGCCACCGACAACAUGUACCCCAACACGGCACGCAUCUUUACCAAGGACUCGACGCGUAACGCGGACUUGCCCUACGACUUUUUCAUGUCCCGCUACAAGGACGCCUAUCUGCAGGAGACUAAGGAAUUCGUCAAGUGCCUCUCAGAGGACGGACCGGUCCCCUGCACAGGGGAGGACGGCCUCAUCGCCCUGGUCAUGGCUAUCGCGGCGGAGAAAUCGGCUCUUGAGGGCCGGUGGGUGGAUUUCAAGGAGAUUCCUAUCAACGCCAUCCAUUGCGAUCCCUCGGGGACACACUGCGAGCUGAACGAGAUGGAGGCUUCUUCGAUGAACGGAGGCCGGAAGCGGGAGGCGGUCAAAGGAUGGAUUAAGGACGCCGUGUCCUUCAUUAAGAAGGAGACGGCCACAGGGGCCUGAAGAGAGAGGGAGGAGGAG